AUGCCCCCAAAGAAAAAGACUAAAAAGAGCCCAAAGAAGAAAACUACAGAAAAAUGUGAAAAUGACUUGGAAGAAAAGUACAGGCGCAGUCUUCUGGAUAUAGCCAUUCUGCAGGAUCACAUUGCCUUACAGUGUGAGUCGGCAAGAAAGGUCCUGUCUGAUAGAAGCGACCUGAGGAGACGUGUGAGAGACAUGGAACAGAAGCUGCAGCACGAGAGACAAGACCACAGGGACGUCAGCUCCGAUUUCAGUCGCCAGUACAAAACCAUGCAGACGGAGCUGACCCACAAGGUGAAGAGGCUGGAGCAGGAGGCGAGCCGGCUGAAGGAACAACUUGUCUUGUGUCAGGAAGAACUGAGCAAAGAGAAAAGGCAGCGUGAGCAAGUGGAACAGGAGAAGGACGCCAUCAUUGGAGACCUCCAACGCAAACUGGACAGCCUGGAAACAGAUUAUGAGAAGAUCCUGAUUGAGACUCUAGACAGCCUGACAUCCCAGCUGUCUGUGGCACGGCAGGGAUGGGAGGACAAGAGCACAGCGCUUCAUCAAAAUUACAAGGAGCUACUCUCUGAAUUUGGCCUGAAUGCACUAGACAUUUGAAAAACAGUUUUUUUUUUCUUUCUCAGUGAGAUGCACUUGUUUAAAGUUGUUUUUACAACUUGGUUCUACUGUGUCAGACUGCUGCUUUGGGGUUUUGCCUCAACUGAAAAUGAACGCUGCAGCAGCAUCGAUUUGCAGCUCACAGUUUAUUAUGCCUAACACAUGGACGGAUGGUGUUAUCAUAUAUUUUACCAUCAGGGAACAAAAUCAGCGUCGUUAUCAAUGCAUAUAUAUUCAGUAGCUUCCCAUGU